GCAGAAUCCGUAAGCUACGGACGUGUUUCGCUCGAGCGCAUCGCGCAUCUCCCGACUUCGACCUACGCUCUCUCGCUCGCACCCGCUCGCCCCGCCUAGCACCCUCUCGCUCGCGCGCAGCCGAAGUGAUCGUGAUAUCGUGCCGCGAAUUUGGAUUUUAUUGAGAUUUCGAUUGAGAAAAGGCGGUGAAAAUAUUACACAUUUUAGUUGUCUGGCUGCCGAUUUUGUCAUCGCGAUCAUUGUUAGUCGGCAAGUCGGCACCUACGCGUAUAUAAUUAUUUUUCAUACCCCUUUGGGCAAUGCCCAAUUCUAAAUUGUUAAUUGCGUGACAAAUUCCGAAAGGCCUAAAAAAUUAUAAUAAAUAAAUAAAUACGAAAUAUCACUUCACCCACGAGAUAAUGCAGUUCGAUCCGAAGCCACGAUGCGGUGGCAGCGUGGUUAGCUAUACCGUUAUGCUGCUGCUGAUCAUCGGCGCCGAUUUCGCCGUUGGAAGGCCUGAUGUGCGCGAUGCGUCGCCCUUCGCCCGCGACCUGCAGCCGCCGCUGUUGCAGCCGGACGUGACCUUCAGCGGAUCAGCUGCUGGCGGGGGGCCGAAGGCCAUCGACAGCUAUGGCAACCCCAUCGACGCCCUGCGACCGAUUGACACGCCCGAUGGGCGGAAGGUGGUCAGCGCCCAGGGCGUUCAGUUCGAGAUACCCACCUAUGCAUCGGGGAUCACGGAGAUCAGGCGGCCGGCCGAUGAUCUUCUGCCGCCGCACAUUGGUGAGUUGACAACAACAAAAGAAAGAAGAACGAAGGGAACAGCGGCUGCCAGCGGUGCCAAAAGCAGAACGGAAACGGAAACGGAAACCAGGACGAAACACGUUACAAAAGAAACAAAUGCCUUGACUGCACAAAAACCACACAGCACAAACAGUAGAAGUAGUAGUAAUAGUAAUACAAAUAGCAAUAGCACCACCCGCACCGCACAAGCCGCACCACCACCCCCCAUUAGCACCACUAACAAGCUGGCCAAACGCGAUUCGCAGGGCGGCCAGUUUCCCAUUGCACCACCCAGUAACCGCCACGCCCCGCCCGCCUACUCCCUGAUCAAGCUGAAUCCCUUUGUGGACGCCAGCGAUUCACCCAUCACCCAGAUCCUAGGUUCUAGUUUCCCCAAUCCCCUCUGUCCCCCGUCGAGUGUCCCCUCCCCAACUGCGAAUUGCUCGAAAUACUCAACAUCGAAUACGAAUCCUCUCCAACCAGAUGCCAUCGCUGUGGGCCUGGAAUCCACACAGUCCAGUCAGUCAUUCACCGGCACAGCAUCAGCAUCUUCUGCACCACCAGCACCACUUCCAGCCACAUCACUAACACCGCCCCUGCAUGAUCCACCUUCAUCCGACACCACGACCACGACCGCCGCCUCCUCGGAUGUGGAGGUGGAGCAGGCGCAACUGGUGCCUCUGCAGGAGGAGCAGAAGGUCGACUCCCUGCCCGAUUAUAUACGGGAAUUGCAGCGCCAGGAUGCGAAUAUUGGCGGACCCGUGGAAUGGAAGCCGGCUGCCGAUGGGGCACCACUCAGUGUGAUUGCCUGGGAUCUCUUGCCGCCGCAUCAGAAUCAGGAUGGCCAUCAGCCGGAGGAGCAGCAGCAGGAACCCACCAUUAUCACGGAGGCCCAACAGCUGCCGGCUAAGAAAAUCCAGGGCAUUGUGGAUCCCAUUACCAACAACAUUCGGCUCAGCCUGAGCAGUGGUGGAGCUGUAGGCUCAGUGGAGCCCCUCCAAACCGAUGGACCAGCUGAUCAUGGCACAAAUGCUCAUGUGGGCAGCACCACGCCCAGUAAUCCUGGUCGUUUUCCCAAUCGCCAACGUGGCACAGCCCAUUACAGCACCACCAGGAGCAGUAGCACCACCUUGAGGCCACGAAGCAGUAGCACCACCACCACCCAGGCCACAACAACUACCAGGAGAAGCACUACCACCACCACCACUACGACCAGGAGACCCACCACUACCACCUCCACCACCACCACUACUACGACUGCAGCACCACCAAUACUAAGCACCACUGAAGAUCCCGCCAACUUCUAUCACCUGAUAAAUGAGGAGGCCUAUGCCUACACUCUGCCCACCUAUCUGCAGGAGGUCACCGAUCCGGAUCUGGAUGUGGCGGUCACCUUCGAGGUGCCCGAGGACAAUGACAAGUACAACCACACGCUGGCCAACGAUUUGGAGCCACCCUACGAGCCCUUUGUGGAUCUGGGCAACAUUCAGUUGACGCCACCACCCACCAGCCGACCCACAACCACAACUACGAGGAGAACAACCACGACAACAACCACCACUACGGCAGCACCAACAACCACAACAACGACGCCACGAACAACCACUACAACCACCACGCGACGUCCGACCACGCAGCGAACCACCAAAGCACCCAUACCACCACCAACACUAAAACCACCCACUCAGAGCACCCAAGCGCACCCAGAAGCACCGCCAGUGAAACUGACUACAACAACCACCACCACCCAAAACGCAGAUAACCCAACGUCGACGACGCUGGAGGAUUCGAGGAGCACCACGGCGAGUCCUUUGGAUGCAGGCAACCCCUUCGAUUCGGCUACGAUUCCCGCCUGGCUGCGUGACUUUGACUAUCCGGAUGUGGGUCCCGGUGUGCCCUUCGACCCGGAUAACUUUGGACCAGCAGGUGGAUCAGCUGGAGGAGCACCAAGUGGCAGUAACCGUAACCCCACCAACCCGCCACGUCCUCCAACCAUCCCGCCCGCCUCCUCCGCUUUUCCAUCCAAAGUCACGCUUCCGCUUCCAGGCAGCAGCAGCAGUGGAAUCAGUGGCAUCAGCAGCAGCGGGGAACCACCGCUGGUCCUCAUCCCGCCCGCUGACGCCUCUUCCUCCGACUCCAAUCCCAAUCCCGGACAACUGACCCAUCCCACAUCCUUUGCAGCCCGCUUCGAGCCGCCGGCCAGCAGUCCCAGCUCCAAUCCGUCCACCAUCGAUCCCUUCCCGCCCAGCAAGGUGGAGUACACCAAGAGCGACGAGGGCAAGGUCAUCAGCACACCCAUAAACAGCAAUCAGCGAAAAACCGAGACUGUGGCCCCGGCUGUCAACACUGGAAAGUACACGGGUGGAUUUGGGGCUCCGGCGGGUCUUUUGCGUCCACAGUCCGCCAGCUCCAAUCCUGGCCAAAAUCCCAGUGCAAGCGCCAACUCCGACGUCUAUGUGGCCGGCAAUCAGCACGAGUUCAGCGCCGUUAUAAAGGCGAACAAGGCGAGGCCCACCGUGAAUCCGGGUCGCUACAACGGCGGCUUUGGAGCACCCACCGGUGUCCUAUCGCCCCAAUCGCCGGCGGAGCCGCGACCCUUCCAGCCCGUCCACCAGCAGGCGGAGCACAGGGAACACCAGGCCGGCGGAGGCAACCGGAGGACGGAUAGCCGCUUCGGUGGACCACCCGGCAUCCUGGUGCCCUUCGACAACGUGCAGCGAACUGGGGGGCAGUAACCGACGAGUCCAGCUGUCUCCGCAAAUACUUUAAAUUAUUUAUAGCCCAUGUACAUGUACCUAUGCUAGAGCUAAGUAAGUGGAUGACCACACGGGGUCGCCACACCACGAUACUUGCGAAAUAAAACGUCUCAGAACUAUCAAGUCGAA